AUGAUUGGAACCUCAAUGCGAGGGGGCUAUGAGGGAGAUGAAUAUGAGGAUUACGAUGAUUAUGAAGAUGAAGAACUGGAGGAAGGGGAGGGAUAUGAAGAUGAAGAAGGUGAAGAAUAUGUGGUGGAAGAACCUCGGAAGCCUACUCCGGAAGAACUGGAAUAUCUUGAGUUGAGGAAGAAGUUGAAAGAAUCAAUUAGAAAAAAGAUGAAGAAGGAGAAUAGUAUUUCUCUUGCAGAAUCCAGUGGUAGAAGAAAGCAAGUUCAUUAUGAUAAUUACGGUUCCUUUUUUGGCCCAUCUCAACCGGUUAUUGCCCAGCGAGUAAUCCAAGAGAGCAAGUCCUUGUUAGAAAAUCGGCAUUUGGUCCCCAAGCCUUCUAACUCACAUCAAAUUAAUAAAAGUACAAAUAAGGGUUCUAAUGGUGUAUCAAAGUCUUCAGCUCAUCAGCAGCCACACAGAGUCAAUGAGAAGCUAGUUAAAGCUGAGAAACUCAAGGUUACUAGAGAUUACUCAUUUCUUUUGUCUGAUGAUGCGGAUAUUCCUGGUCCAUCAAAAGAGCCUCCAUCUAGGAAUACAUCUGUGCGCAGUUCAGUGGGACAAGCAGCUCAAGUUCCAGGAAGGAGUAAUCAUUCUUUGAGCAAUGGUGGCAAACUCGCUCGUAGUACUGGUGAUAAUCGGAGACCUGUUGCAGGGGCUAGUCACUUGGCUCCUAAACCGCAAUCCAAUUAUAAGUUAAGUUCUUCCAGCCAGGCCAGUAAGGCAUCAGUAGAUUCUAGAAGACAGCUUGGUAGCAACAAUGGGAAUGGGCCAGGCCGGCCAGUGGGGUCAAAAGGCAUGCCUUCAAAGAUGCCUGUUAAUACCAUGGGGAGUAAAUCAGUCAAACCUGGCAUGAGAAAUCCUGUGAAUGGUGUGCAGAAGCAACCUUCGUCAAAGGUUUUGUCAUCUGCUCCAAAGCAUCAUAGUAUGGACCAAAGAAAAGAUUUACGAGAACCGCAUAAACACAAAAUAUUACCGCGACCACCACCGCGACCACCGGUAGCGUCAUCAAGACCUCAGGUCAGCAAACCACCACUUAAACAAAUUCCUAAGCGUCCUGGUUUGCAUGAUCAGCGCCCCAAGAGUAAACUUGGGAAACGACGCCUUGAUGAGCCUGAGGAUGAAGCGGAUGUUAGCAAAAUGAUCAGAUCGAUGUUUAAUUACAACCCCAGCAGAUUUGUCGAUGAUGACGAUGUCGAUGAUAUGGAGGCGGGCUUUGAUGAAAUUGUGAAAGAGGAAAAGAGGAGUUCUUUAAUUGCUAAAAAGGAGGAUGAGGAGCAACUUAGGUUGAUACAGGAGGAAGAAGAAAGAGCCCGAAAACGAAAGAUGAUGUUAAAGAAGCGUAGGGUUGGAGAGUAG